GCCUUUCCCAGGCUCCGCUGCUCUCUGCGGCGUUGGUUGAUCCGCUGUUGCUGAUCCGGAAGUGCAAUGGGUUCCGAUGUGCGGGGAAUUCUCGAAGCCGCUGAUUUUGCUGCGAAAAAGCACAAAAAUCAGCGGCGAAAGGACCCGGAGGGGACCCCGUACAUCAACCACCCGCUCGGUGUUGCACGGAUCUUGUCCCACGAGGCAGGGAUUACAGACUUAGCUGUUUUACAGGCUGCUCUUCUCCAUGAUACCGUUGAAGAUACAGACACAACGUUUGCUGAGAUUGAAGAGCAGUUUGGGAGGAAAGUGAGGAGCAUUGUUGCAGAGGUGACAGAUGACAAAUCUCUCCCGAAGCAGGAGCGGAAAGAUCAGCAGGUGUUACAUGCCCGGAAUUGCAGCUACGAGGCGAAGCUGGUGAAACUGGCCGAUAAACUUUACAACUUGCGGGAUCUAAAACGCUGCGGUCCAACAGGAUGGACGGAGGAACGAAUUCAAGAGUAUUUUGUUUGGGCUUCUCGGGUCAUUGCCGAAGUUAGAGGAACCAAUCAGCUGCUGGAAAACAAGCUGGACGCACUGUUUAAGGAAAGAGACAUUCUCAGUGGCUAGUCAGACUUUGGUCGCACAACUAAAGUGGCACUGGGUUCAACACUGCAAAAUUGGAACAAAAAUGAAAAUCCCUUUAGGAAAGUUUGUACAGCUUAUACGUCUGAAUGUACUUUCCGGUUUGUUCAGGUGUUACGUUUGCUGCUGUAAAUUGUGAUUUUUUUUAAACAAAAGAAUAAGGCAACUUUUAGUCAAGACAGGUGACUUUUUCUGCGCCUUGUGUUUCAUUAUUAGGGGACGGGUAAUAUGUGAUUCUAAAUGGAU